AUGUCCAAUAUAUUGCGCGCGAUGUCCGAUGGUACACCAUACAAUUUCAUAGUUAAGCCACACUUAUUAUAUGACGACAGUGCCUACCUGUCGGUGGUCACGGAAAAGUUGCGUCUCAGACUGAGGAUGGCGUGGCUCAUGCGAGCUAUAUAUACCUCAUAUAUACAUAUAUUAACACUUAUAACACUAUUAAUGUACAAUUGA